AUGGAUGAUGAGAGACAAGCACUUCUUGACUUCAAGCACGCCCUCAUAGAUGAAGCCAAUCGACAUGCUUCUUGGGUUCCUGAUAUGAAGGAUUGUUGCACUUGGACUGGGAUUGUUUGUGAUAAUAUUACCGGUCAUGUUCAUAGCAUUCAUCUUCCUGCUAAUGAAUACUCAAAACAAUGGUUAAGUGGACAUCUGAGUCCAUCCUUGUUGAAUCUGAAGCAAAUCAGGCAUCUAGACUUGAGCGGCAAUUAUUUUGGAGGAAUCCAAGUUCCAAGCUUUAUGGGUUCUCUUGGAAACUUGAGAUAUCUUAACCUCUCACGUUCUGGAUUUGGUGGACCUAUCCCUCCUCAAUUGGGGAAUCUAACGGAAUUGCGCAUCCUCUGUCUUCCAAGUUUUUAUGCUUAUGAUACCAAUGAAAAUGAAUAUACUAGCAUGAUGUGGUUGUCAAGUCUCCGUUUGUUGCAUCACCUGGAUAUGAGUCACGUAGAUCUUAGCAAAGCAAUUGAUUGGUUUCAGGUGAUUAACACCCUUCCUUCUUUGGUCGAACUACAUUUGUAUGAUUGCCAACUCUCGCAUAUAUAUCCCCAUGUUCCUAGUCUUAAUCUCACGUUCCUUUCUGUGCUUGAUCUUUCUUAUAACUAUUUUACUAACAAUUUUGUGCCACGAUGGAUAUUCAGUCUAACAGCUCUUGUUUCACUGGAUUUAGCCGGGUGUGAUUUUCAUGGUCUGAUUCCUGGUAGUUUCGAUGGCUUCCAUAACAUGACUUCUCUUGAGUUGCUUCGUGUCCCUAGGAACAAUUUCAUGAGUUCCUCAUUAGUAUUAGAAGUGUUGUCUAGCAUAGGUGGUAAUCUCAUUUUGUUAGAUAUUAGUUCUUGUGGUGUUUCGAGUUCAGUUCUUGAUUUUCUUCACAAUUUGACAUCACUCCAUAGUCUUGACAUGUCAGGAAAUCAACUUACCGAGGCAAUACCCAAAUCAUUGGGUAACCUUUGCAGUUUGAAACAUAUUGAUUUGGGAGGUAACUAUUUUCCAAAUAUUAGUUUAACAAGCCUUCUUGAAAGUCUUUUCCAGUGCAAGUCCCCAAGCUUGGAAUCAUUAUCCCUAGAGUCCACGGGACUUUCUUGUCACCUACCUGAUCAACUUGGACAACUGAUAUAUUUGGUGCACUUCCAACUUGGAAACAACAGUAUUGUUGGUGGUAUUCCUGAUUCAAUAGGAAGACUAUCUUUUUUGAGGUCAUUAGAUCUUCAUAAGAAUCUUAUUCUAGGUCCAAUUCCAUACUCAAUUGGACAAUUAUCAUCACUGGAGUUUUUAGAUCUAGCAUAUAACCAACUGAAUGGUAGCCUUCCUGAUAGCCUUGGUCAACUUUCCAAGUUGAAUAUUCUACAUCUUUCUUCCAAUUUGUUUACAGGUAUCGUGACAGAAGCCCAUUUUGCCAAACUAACCAGAUUGGAAAUCCUAAAUGGAGAAGGCAACAAUUUAAUCCUAAGAUCAUGCAUUUCAAACUGGAUUCCCUCUUUCCAUCUAUGGGGUUUGUCUUUAAGUUCUUGGGAUUUAGGACCUCAAUUUCCAUUAUGGUUGCAACUGCACACAAAUCUAAUAGUUUUGGAGAUGAGCAACACAAGAAUUUCAACAACCAUUCCUGAGUCGUUUUGGAAAUCAUUACCUGAUCUACAAUAUCUAGAUUUGUCACAAAAUCAUAUUCAAGGAAUGUUGUUUGGUAUCCAUGCACCACUUGUCUUUCUCAACUUGAGUUCUAACAAGUUUGGCGGAGAAUUACCUAAGCUCUUGAAUAGUUCGUGGAUAGCCGUCUUAGAUCUAUCAUAUAACUCUUUUUCAGGGUCAUUAUAUCACAUGUUGUGUACCAAUAGUGAGAAAAGGCAACAACUAGGAGUUCUUAAUAUGGGAAAUAAUAAUCUAUCAGGUGUAAUUCCCAAGUGUUGGGCGAGAUGGUUGGAUUUGUCGUUCAUAAAUUUGGAGAAUAACAAGCUGUUUGGUAGGAUUCCACAAACUCUGGGUACUUUAUCUUCCCUAAAAUCAUUGAACCUGUGUAACAACAACUUAUCUGGAAGAUUACCUCUUUCUUUAAAGAAGUUGAGGAACAUGGAGAUCUUUCAACUUGCUGGAAAUGAACUUGACGGGAGAGUUCCAACAUGGCUUGGGAGAGAAUUCUCAAACUUGAGAAUUCUCAACCUACGAUCAAACAAUUUUGACGGGCAUAUAAUUGAUGAGCUAUGUUAUCUCACCAUUAUUCAGAUCUUGGACCUUGCAGAUAAUAAUCUAUCAGGAAAUAUACCUAAAUGCUUCGACAACUUCAGUGUCCUCUCUGGGAAUGGAACUUCCUCAACUAAGAAACUUAUCUAUGGAACACCUAUAGGGGGAAGUGUGGCCAAUGCUUCCUUGGUGAUAAAGGGACGAGAGGACACAUAUAGCAACUUUCUUGGAUUGGUGAUGAUAUUGGACCUUUCAAGUAACAAAUUUUCUGGGAGCAUCCCACGUGAGCUAAUGUCUCUUCGAGCUUUACAGUCGUUAAAUCUAUCAAGAAAUCAGUUGACAGGAAGGAUCCCUGAGAAUAUCGGGGACUUGAAGUUACUUGCAUCAUUUGAUGUAUCUCUUAAUCAACUUUCUGUGGAACUUCCUGUGAGCUUGUCAAGUUUGAGCUUCUUGAGUAGCUUCAAUGUCUCCUACAACAAUUUGACAGGAAGAAUCCCAUCAAGCACACAACUUCAAAGCUUCAAUGAGUCCGACUUCUUGAGCAACGAACUUUGUGGAGAUCCAAUCACCAAAAGUUGUGUAGUUGAAGUACCUGUACCUGCUGCUGGUAGAGACCAAGACGAAGAAGAAAACGAUGGAGCACAUGGAGUGGAUUGGGGAUUGAUCAUUAGUAUAGUGAUUGGAUUCAUUGCUGGUUUUUGGAUUGUGUUGGCUCCAUUGAUAGUGAGCAGCGCAUGGAGGAUCACAUAUUUUCGAUUCUUGAGUGAUGUGAGGUUUAUGUUUUAUGAUGCAAUUAGUACCUACUUUCGUUACAUGUUUCAUAAGUAUUGA